AAGUUUUUUUUUUUUUUUUUUGUUAAAAAAAAAAAAAUAAAAAAGAAGAAACAAAGGAAAAGAGAUCAUCGACGAUCGUCGCUGUCAUCAUGAAAAGUUAUCUCCUUCUCUUUGGUAUUUUCCUACUGAUCGAUCGUCCGAUCGAUGGUCUAAACAUCGAUCCAUCCGUGCCAUGUCACAAAGAUACCGAUUGUUCCCUAUUCUCGAAAGAUCAGAAGAAUUCGACGUGUCAGCAAGGAUUCUGCGCUUGUGAAAACGAGCAAGGACAAAUAAAAAAUUGUUCCAGGUUACAAUUAGCUACUCAGCAAGAAAAGCCAGCCGUAUCGGCGAUUUAUCACACGUGCAAGCACGAGGUAGACUGCAAGUUAAAUAAUAGUUUUUGCAAUACAAGUCGAAGUCAGUGCGAAUGCAUUAAAGGCUAUGUGUCUUCGACGGAUCAGCAGCAAUGCCUUCAAGUGGCUAAAUCCUUGAAUUUUUCCUGCACGGAGGAUAAGCAGUGUUUGAUGUUUCAAGCGAAUACGACCUGUCUACGACAACAAUGCGUUUGCAUCGAUGGCUAUCACGCGGUGAACAAUGUUUGCUGGAAGACCACCGUUUUCGGCGAUCUAUGCUCGAAAUCGGAGGAGUGCUAUCACAUAAGGGGAGCCUUUUGUACGGAUAAGAAGACUUGUGGGUGUAACGAGAAAGCCGCGAUCGAUAAGUCGGGAAAAAAUUGUAUUCCUUACGCGGACACCAUCGGCGAACAUUGCACCGAGAAUGGCAUGUGUUCUACGAUCCCUGGCUCGAUCUGCCUCGAGAAUAAAUGUCAGUGCCCAAAGAACAAACAUUUCGUGAAGGAACUCGGACAAUGCAUCGUUAACAGAGGCAUCGGCGAGCCUUGCCAGUACGAUUACGAUUGUUACCAGGAUGGAAAUUAUACGAAUUUGGAAAGAAAUGGGUUUGUAUGCGUUGGCAGCUUGUGCGAUUGCGCGAUAGAUUAUUUUAUAGACGUAGACAAGUGCAUUAACGCAGAGCAUCAUCCAUUGAAGGAUCGGCCUUCGGAGAACGUCGAAGAAGAGAGAAAAAAAGAGAGACAGAUAGAGAACGUCCUCUUCACCGUGCGAUUCGGAUGUGCGAUCGUGAAAGAGGUGGAGCUGUCGAAGCAACAGGAGGAGGAGAAGGAGGAGGAGGAGGACGGUGCCGAUGGAACGUUCGAAAAAGGACGAAGACGAGGAGGAGGCAUUUGUAACGUCUCGAGAAUGGUGAUCGGUCUCUCGAGGAUCCUCGUCCUCGUGCCCGUCACCGUUUGUGCUACCAUUUCCUUACCCUUAGAGGAUUAUUCGAGAUGCAACGAUCGCAGAUCGCCACCUCAGACCCUAGCGACAUGUCGUUACGAUUUGGAUUGCAUGGAAAAUGCUUACUGCUGGAAUCAGGAGGCUUGCUAUUGCAAAGACGGCUACGUCGUUUACAAAAAUCACAGCAACUUCCACUGCUUGAAAGUGGCCGACAACAUUGAGGAUCCGUGCGUGGCUAAUGUACAGUGUCAUUUGACCUUUACCCUCCACUCGGAGUGUCGUAAUCACAUUUGCCAGUGUUCUUCCACCGCACAUUUCGUAAACGGAAGGUGUUACGAAUCCAUCGGGCUAGGUAGAAUAUGUCAAACGAACAAUAAUUGUUACGUCAAGGACAGUUACUGCGUGGAGGGUUACUGCGUUUGCGAUCAUCGUCAACAUUCGAAUCCCGAGAGAACAAAAUGCAUAAAGAACGCUUAUUUAGGUGACAAAUGCGACCAUGAUUACGAGUGCGUGUCAAAGAGCACGAAAUGCAUGGAAGUCUGUAGAUGUAAAAUCGAUUACGUACUUUCGGAGGAUGGUACAAGGUGUUUGAAGGCAGCCAACUCCGUUGGCGAAGAUUGCCAAGAGAACUUGCAGUGUCAGGAAUUCUUACAGAAUACCGUCUGUCAGAAUAAUGUUUGUACGUGUAUAGAGGAUUACCAUCGUCGUGGACCUGUAUGUGUCAGGGACGUUGGAUUGGGUCAACGUUGCGUCUCUCAUAACGAGUGUGUGACAAGAACGUACAAGCAUUCCAAUUCAAGCGAACUGAUGAACGUCGAUUGUUCUAAUGAUCGCUGUACUUGUGCCGAGAAUUACAUAAUGUCGCAAGAAUUGGACGAUUGUAUUCGAUACAGUGAAAGUGGUGCCACCAGUUGGCAAGCUUAUGGAAUCUUCUCACUGAUAAUAUUCGUAAACGUGUCUCCUUGGAUGUUGCGAAAGAUUAUGUGGUAGAGCGAACACACCUUUUACCCUUAGAUAAUUAUUCUUAUCAUAUUUAUCUGUAUUUAUUUAAAUUUCGUUCGGUGGUGAGUCGUGUAAAUAAGGAAGGGACUUGCGGUAGGUAUACAUAUAACCAAAGACAACGGACAGACAACAGUAUACGUAUACGUAUCAUCUCGACAAAGUUCGAGUAUUUAUUUUCAGUACUCGAGUAUGAGAAUUCUCUUAUUAUUAUUAAUCGUACCUAGGAGUAGGUAUCGGACGGGGAUCGACGGAAAUAAGAGCGAAGGAGAUAGAGCGAGAGAGAGAGAGAGAGAGAGAGAGAGAGAGAGAGGGGCUCUCUCUGUAUUGCGAGCGAUAAUAUUUAUUUAUUAAGAAACAGAAAUAAAAGAAAGUUAUUAUAAUCUAUUAUAUUAUAAUAACUUAUAAUAUUAAUAAAAUCAAGUUAAUUAAGUUGGCAACUUGCAAUCUUCCUUUAUCAUAUCGAAGAAUGGCCAUUGGUCAUGAUCGGUAUUUACAGAUUUUUCUAUCCUAUCGGUCAACAGACCAUCCCUUCGAUGAUGUAGUCAACGAGAUCGUUAUCGUUGAAGUUGACGGUCUCGUUUAUGAAAAAGUUCAACGUUUGUACGGUCGCAUGAUCCUAAUAAAUUAAAUCCCAUAAAAUAAGAUCCUCGAUCAUUCGAAUUCCUAAAGAACUUGGAUCAUCUUUCGGUCUUAUACCGAAAAGGAAAACUUUUUUAUUUUUUGCUGGCCCUAACAAAGUACCUUUUCCCCCUCCUUUACAAAUUCAACGCCAAUUUUACUUUUUUGAUCGAUCACUAUCUUCGUCGCACUAGAGAAUUAAACAUUUGUUCUUGUCUUUGAUAGACCUCAAGGAUGCUCUAGCACUCAUCCUCCACUAUCCAUUUCGUUGAUUAAUUUGCAUUUUGGAAAAACCUAUGGUCUUGUCGAUCAAAUCGUAAUCGAUCAAAUUGUAACCCAAUUCCACGGCAGCAUUCAAAAAACAUUCUCUAAGCGGCGUAUGGAACAUUGACAAUUUAUAAGUAUCCCUCAUGGCCGUGAUAUAAGGGACUUUAUAUAAGGGACUUUUCAUUAAAACACCGCUAAAAGUAAUAUUGAACGAGUUAACGCUUACCAUUGCCUGCGUUGCGUUUCGUAUUUUAAAUUCACCUCGUCGAUCUAUAAAUCUACAUUCAGAGAUCUCGAAGAAUUGUGCAAGAAACUUUACAAUAUCAUGGCGAGAGAAUUGCAAUGGAAGAAGCUUGUCAAAGAAAGUUGUUGACGAGUAAGUGCAAAUUAAGAGACGUGCGAAUUGAACGAGGACUAGUUUGCCGUUAACUGUUUAUGAUCUUUUCCCUCCUAGUUCUCUGACGUUAAAAAGUGCAUCUGAUCAUCGAGAAAGAUUCUAAGAACUAAAAGUAUUACAUAAUGAUACCUUGGUAGCGUCUGGGUUGCGUCUACGCCUGCAAUAUGGGGCGAAUUCAUCUCGACGGAUCGUUUCCAACGAUUCAGGGGAUUUUUAAAGAGUAUGAUUUUAUGAUAGUUGAUGCAGCUCCUACUAGUAGUUCUUGCUAAUAGACUAACGGAGAAAGAUAUUACUGUCGGAAACGAAAGGCGAAGAAGAAGAUCGGCUACAUUGUACUUUUCAGAUUUUCUAAAGUAUGAAAGAACGUUCUCAUUCAGGAUUUCCAAGUGCCGGCCAAUCGUCGUAAUCCUCUCGCAUAUAUCAUAACUAAGGAAUUUGCCCACAUGGACAUUAACAACGGGUAUUCUUUAUCAAGAGAGAAAUCCUUCUCUUUUAGUAAACCUUUUAUACGGACUCUUAAGUAAAUCGACUAAAGAGACUGUGCGAGAAAUGUGGUAUAUCGGUCGGAUAAUUAUCUUCUUCGCCAUUUUCCAACAAUAAUAUCUUCUACCGAGGAUUCUCCGUUAAUCUAUUGGCAAGAACUGCUAAUAAGAAGAAGCAAUUAUUAUAAAAUUCUACUCUUUAAGAAUCUAAAUCUGUCGUUCGAAACGAUCCGUCGAGGCAAAAUUCGCCAAUAUUGCAGGCGUCAGGAUAACUACACUGUUGCUAUUCUCAGCAAUGAAAAUGUUACAAAGGCAAAUUAUCUCCUCAUUCUUGAAUUCUUUGAUAAUUUCGAUUGCUCAUCGUUCACGAAUUAUUAAUAUUUUAAUUUUUCCUCAACCUUUACAUUACACGUGUACAUUGAAUGAAAACCUUUUUUUUUCGCUUCUUAUUUAAAUAAACAAGCAUUUUUUCAAGAUAAUUAUUUUUAUUCAGCUAUAUCAAGAUCUAUUGAUUUAUUGAUUUCAUGAAUGGGUUGCUUUUGAAAACGUAAGAAAUGAUAACGAUUAGAAUGACUGGCAUAAAAUUUCGCGGUCGUUCUUAGCACGAUGAGUAAGAAGGAAUAGGAAGAAGACGCAAACAAUAUGCUUUCGUCUAUCGCUAACGAGGAUUGAUCGACGAGUACGUCGCGAUUAAGAUCGUACUGUACUUAAAAUAGAAUCUUGAAACGGUGAUCGAACUAGGCCGGCGAUAUCGAUCGAUGAACGAUUCUGCUGACGUAAGAACGAAACAAAGUUACAAAUUCGUUUUAUUUCUAACAUUUCGAAAUAAUUGAAUUUCCUAUAGAAUAUAAUUUUUCGAAUCGAAAAAUUGUAUUUCGUUAUGUUAUCUAGCUAAUAAGCCAGGGAAUUUAUUAAUCUCCGAUUAUAACGUUGAUUGGACUUUAAAGAGAAAAGUUAUGAUUUUAUAAAGAGGCAAAGAACAAAGGAAUUUUUAUCCGAACAAGAUAAGAUGUAAAACGAUAUAGUAAAAGAAAGGUUUAACAGGAGAGAGAGAGAGAGAGAAAAGAGCAUUUGUAGGGUGGGAGGGGGGAAGUGUUUCUCACUCUUUCUCUACUAUAGAAGAGAGAGAGAAAUUUAUAUAUACGAGGAGCUCGUGGCCGUGCAAGUCAUUGUGAAUCUCGUGUUCGCUGAUGUAACUUCUCUCAUAUAGAGACAUUGCAUAGUGUAAUCGACAAUUCGUUCAACUUGUCGUCUUCUCUUAGUAUCGUAGAAGAAGAAGAAGAAGAAGAAGAAGAAGAAGAAGAAGAAGAAGAAGAAAGCUUCGUAAAAGAGUAAGAU